GUGGUGACAACCUCCUGGGGGUCACCGCACUAUGUUAUUCACUCAGGGUGGAGAAGGGACAAAGCUUUAGGGGAAAGUGCUGGAAUAAGCCGGUAAUCCCACGCUGGCCUCCUGGCAUUCCCUUCCUGCAGAGUGUUGUGACAGAUGAGUCAGUUCUGUGUAAACGUGGACGGACAUGUAUAAAAGAACAUAUUCACACCGCAGACCCGCGAGGAGUGGAUAUGUCUGAGCUUUGCCGCCUCUGUUCUUCUCCUCUUCGUGGAUCACGCCGAAAGUGGCUUUUCGGAGGCUCUGGAUCCCUCCCUGCCUUAUUCACCGAAGCGGUAGGGACUCCUGUCCUUCGCAACCCACCCGGAUCGCCGCCUAGAUCCGGCAAAGGAAAGGGAAGGCCGGAAGAUGCGGAGUUCCUCUGCGGAAAGUGCUGCCACUCGCUUAAUGUCUUCCACCGCUAUGACCAGGUGUUGUCUCGUAUGCGGGAGUUGUAUGAGCAAAGGUCAACUCGCCUGGUGACAGAGAAGGAAAAGCUUUCGUUUACCUUACGUACUCUAUAUGCCAAAGCCUGGGGCCUUCCGCUACCUGAGUACCAUAGACAUCUCCCAGAACGUAGUGCCUAUCAGGGUUCUUACAACGAUCUCCGUUCUCCCGGCUACAAUAAGUCUCGAAACAAUUCCCUCUCUCCAGGAUACCAAAACUCACGUGCAACUUCUCCUUUUACUGAGCGUCCAGGGUCCUUCCGUGGUUCUUUGGGUUCUUUGUCUUCUGGAACCCAUUCUAAACCCUACCAACAACUUCUAGAACAAGACCGCUCGUUGUGGCAGAACGAGAGCUGGUGGGAUGAGCACCACAGGGGCUGCUCGCGCUGCGUCAAAGGCGAGAAGUGUCAUUCGUGUUCCUCCUGGAGAGUUUCGGAUGCCAAUUAUGAGUCUGUAUGCACUGUCCCUCGAAGAAAGCACAGCAGGUCAUCGGAUGACGGCACCUUUCUUAUAAGGAGCAAAUCUUUGGGAAGUUUUGAUGGAGACAGCACCAGCAGUAAGGGCUCCCUCAUGUCCUUAUCCGCCUCUUCGUUGGAUUCCCUUUCGUUGACGGGUGAAGAAGUUGACGGUGGAGUGUUUUGGGAACCAAAGUCUCAAUUGGCCUCCUCUCCUCAGCCGUCAUCUCCGUUACCGAAACACUUGAUGGGAGAAGUAUUGAAAAGCUUGAAGGAAAUAAAGUACAGUCCAGUGAAAACACCAACAAGGAGCAAGAUACCUGUCAGGGGUCACCAAAGGGCAAGAGCAGAAAAUGAGGACCGGUCUAUAGAAGAAGACCACUACGAGAGGCCAAGGGUGGAAGAACCAGAAGGAGACAUGGAUGCCUACAUGGGAGUUGGUCCUGAGGUCUGCAAGGUUCAAGCUUCUCGUUCCCUCCAUAUCCGAGAGACUUUAAAAUGGCUGAAGACCCAACUGAAGUCCGCUCAGAGCGGUGGGACCUUGUCAGGACAGCAGGACCUUGGGGUAGAACAGCAAGAACUAAUACGAGAUCUGAUCAAGAAACUCAAGUUCAAGGAAGAAUUCUUGCAGGACUCUCUGACCCUCCUGCUGACUCUGCCUGUAGCCUGUGACCCAUCGGGGGAACUUAUCACAGACUUUGUGGAGAAGUUGAAGGCCCGAGAAGAACAGAUCAAGAGAGAAGGGGAGGAGUUGGCUCUACUCAAACGCCAGAGAGAAGCAGAAGUAAAGCGUCUGCAGGAGGAGUUAGAAGCGAGAGAGGAAGACAUCACGCGACUGUCCAAGGUUCUGUGUGACAAUCAGGAUACAAUAACAGCUCUGCGCGACUACCUGGGAGAGAAAGACUUCACCAUCCAAAGGCUGGAGGUGGCACUGGACUCUGCCAAUCGCUCUGCCGCCUCUCAGGAUGCUCUGCGCCUCUCUGCUCUGCGGGAGAAGGACGCCCUGAUCGCUGCCGUACAAGGAGCCCUAAGCAGCACCAACCAAGAUGUUGAGGCCCUUGCAGACUCUCUCUUAUCCCAGGAACUGGAUAACUUUAGUACCUCAAUUCCUGGUAUGUCUGCCCCUAAUCCUCUAGUAUCCCAGCUACAGGAGAAGGGACGACUGCUAUCCCAGGCCCAUGCCGAAACUCAGCGGAUGAGCGUUCAGCACCAGCGAGACAUCCAGGAUCUACUGAACGCUCUCAAUGAGAGCCAAACACUGAUUCAGGAACAGCUGCGGCAUUGUAAGAAACGCCUGCAGGAUGGCGCUCAGGAGCAGAAAAUGCUGCGGGAGGCGCUGCGGGCCAAGGAGGGGGAGCUGCAAGAAGAGAAGAAGAGGCAUAGUGCCAGCCAGCAACAAGUCACUGCCAGACUGCUGCAACUGCAAGAAGCUGCCAGGGAGCGGGACCAGAACACCAAGAAACUACUGCAAGACGCCGAGAGCAGAGAUCACGUGAUCAAAAAGCUUCAAGAACGACUGAGCCAGGGAGGGGGGAUGAGGGGCACGCUGUGAGAUCUUCUCCUCUUUCUACGUUCCGGAUGGGAUGAAACAUGUAAAAUUUAACACAUUGUUUACCAGCUGCAGAAUCGGGAUCAUCUUUUCUACAAGGGUUUUGGGGUCAUCGGGCCUGGACUUCAGAUCACUGGUCCAUGGAAAGAGACUUGGGAUCUAGUUGUGGAGGAAGCGGGUGAUAAAAUAUUGUCUGGGGGUCGGGGAGGUUGGACAGACGUUCUCAGUAUUGUGAGGUGGGGAAUGGUAAGUGAUGGGAUCGGGAUCGGAGAUUGGUUUGGAAUUCUAGAAGAUGGAUGAAGAAGAUUGAGGUCCGGUAUGAGGCGCCUCAGGGAUUAUGGGCAUCUACUGGAUUCCUUCACUUCAGGUCAAUACAUCAACAUUGGGAGGGAAAGAAAUGGGGGAUUUAUUGGUGCUCGAGACGGAUCUACUGAUGGGAUGUCCUGCAGGGUCACAGCUCGGGCAGCAUACAUUGGGACGUCUCAUUAAGGCUUAGGAAGACCCGUCUCUUUUUGGAGACAUAAUCGGCAAACCAGUUUAGAGUCUUAUAUUCUGGAGACCUGUUCUCCAAGACAGAUUCUUUUUAUGGAGAUUUUUAUGGAGAUUUGUUCUCGUUCUCCAAACCAGAUUAGAGACUUGUUCUGG